UUUGCUUAUUUUACGUUCCGUCUGACGACCGUGUAGGUUGCGCUCGUCGGGCGCCGCCCCUGCGGCGAGAGGCCCCGGCGGAGCGGACGCGGGGAGGCGGGCUGCCUCGGAGGGGAGGUGGCCUCCGCCGUCUCCAUGGUAACGGCCCAGCCGGCGUCUUCGCCUCCAGGGGAAGAUGCGGCCUGCAGGGCCCGCAGCCUCGCCCCCCGCCUCACGGCCGGGCGGGGGCCACUGAGGACGGAGGCCCGGGCCGCUGGCCUGCGGGGCAGCGGGCACCAGUGAAAUCCCAUUCUCUGGCUGGAGACACAGAUGGCCUCAAAUGAGAGCGAUGCUAUAUCGUGGUACCAAAAGAAGAUUGGAGCGUAUGAUCAGCAGAUAUGGGAAAAGUCAAUCGAACAAACUCAGAUUAAGGGCUUCAAAAACAAACCAAAAAAGUUGGGUCACAUAAAGCCAGACUUGAUUGAUGUUGACUUAAUCAGAGGCUCAACAUUUGCCAAAGCCAAGCCUGAAAUUCCAUGGACAUCUCUGACUCGGAAGGGGCUUGUACGAGUUGUACUUUUUCCAUUUUUCAGCAACUGGUGGAUUCAGGUUACCUCUUUAAGGAUCUUUGUUUGGCUGCUACUGCUUUACCUCAUGCAAGUGAUAGCGAUCAUCUUAUAUUUGAUGAUGCCCAUUGUGAAUAUAAGUGAAGUACUUGGACCCUUGUGCCUUAUGCUCCUCAUGGGAACUGUCCACUGUCAAAUUGUGUCUACUCAGAUAACAAAGCCGGCAGGAAACAAUGGCAGCCGGAGAAGAAGAAAAUUACGAAAAACUGUAAAUGGUGAUGGGAAUCGAGAAAAUGGAAAUAACUCAUCUGAUAAACCCAGAGGAAUGGAAACUUUGGAAUCUGCACCCAAUAUUGGUGGUUUUUGGGACACACUCUUUGGCAACAGGAUUAAAAGAGUAAAACUAAUACCCAACAAAGGGAAUGAAACAGACAAGAAUUCAAGUUGCCUCCAUCCUAUUAUUAAGAAGAGACAGAGUCAACCAGAGACUAAAACGUGGCAAACAAGAGACAAAGCAAAAUUUUCAGAUGGAGAAAAGUGCCGGAGGGAGGCUUUUAGACGUUUGGGUAACGGGAUUUCAGAUGACCUGUCAAGUGAGGAAGAUGGUGAAGCAAGGACACAGAUGAUAUUACUGCGUCGGAGCGUGGAAGGGGCCUCCAGCGACAAUGGCUGUGAAGUUAAGAAUAGAAAGUCCAUCCUUUCAAGGCACCUAAACUCUCCGCAGGUAAAGAAAACCACUACAAGGUGGAGUCAUAUCGUACGGGAUUCAGAUAGUGUGGUUGAAUCAGAGUUUGAAUCAACAGCCUUCAGCCAGGGCUCUAGGUCUGGUAUGAGCGGCGGCUCUCGAGGCAUCAACAUGUCAAGAAGAGAUUCGGAAAGUACCCGCCACGACUCGGAGACUGAAGAUAUGUUGUGGGAUGACCUUCUGCAUGGCCCAGAGUGCCGGUCGUCUGCCACCAGUGACAGCGAGGGGGCCCACGUGAACACCCUUCACUCAGGGAACAAACGUGACCCCAAAGAGGAUGUUUUUCAGCAGAACCAUUUAUUCUGGCUUCAGAACUCAAGUCCUGCCUCCGAUCGAGUCAGUGCAAUAAUCUGGGAAGGGAAUGAGUGCAAAAAGAUGGAUAUGUCUGUGUUGGAAAUAAGUGGCAUCAUCAUGAGCAGGGUUAACGCGUACCAGCAAGGAGUAGGUUAUCAGAUGCUGGGAAAUGUGGUCACCGUUGGAUUAGCAUUUUUCCCUUUUUUAUAUCGACUUUUCCGAGAGAAGAGCCUUGACCAGCUAAGGUCCAUUUCAGCUGAGGAGAUCUUCACUCUGUUUUGUGGGGCACCGCCAGUUAUACCGAUUGUUAUUUUGUCUGUAAUUAAUUUUGUUGAAAGAUUGUGUCUUACUUGGAUGUUUUUUUUCAUGAUGUGUGUGGCAGAGAGAACAUACAAACAGAGAUUUUUAUUUGCAAAACUCUUCAGCCAUAUUACUUCUGCCAGGAAAGCUAGGAAAUAUGAAAUACCUCAUUUCAGACUUAAAAAGGUGGAGAAUAUUAAAAUAUGGUUAUCUCUGCGUUCCUACCUAAAGAGACGGGGUCCGCAGCGGUCAGUCGACGUGGUGGUGUCGUCCGUCUUCUUACUGACACUUUCCAUUGCUUUCAUUUGUUGUGCCCAGGUUCUCCAAGGACAUAAAACUUUCUUGAAUGAUGCUUAUAACUGGGAAUUUUUGAUCUGGGAAACAGCUUUACUACUUUUUUUACUGCGCCUGGCCUCAUUGGGGUCUGAAACAAAUAAGAAAUACAGUAACGUUUCAAUACUACUUACUGAACAGAUUAAUUUAUAUCUUAAGAUGGAAAAAAAGCCAAAUAAGAAGGAACAGCUCACUCUAGUAAACAAUGUAUUAAAGCUGUCCACCAAGUUGUUGAAAGAGCUGGACACGCCGUUUAGACUCUAUGGACUGACGAUGAAUCCCUUAAUCUACAAUAUCACCAGAGUCGUUAUCCUCUCUGCUGUCUCAGGUGUUAUAAGUGAUCUUCUUGGAUUUAAUAUCAGACUGUGGAAAAUUAAAUCAUAAGCUGAAUUAAAAGCCUGGACUCUCUCUUCUGGCUGGCAUCAUACUUACCCACUGAGGAAGGAGAGGACGGCAGAAGCCAGUGAGAUACCCCCUGCUUGUUCACAUGUGCAAAUCUGAAGAAUGGUGUUUGCAGAGGAACAAGUCCUUUCUACCGGGUGUGCAUGCUAAAAUCUGUACUCUCAUGGUUUUCAAACAUUAUGAAUGGUCAGACUAAAGAGUGUGUGUUAUGAUAACACAAGGACAAUUUUUUAAGUUAGGAAAUUUAUCCGGGCUCUUCAGUACUGUGACAGUUAUAUUUACUGGAAAUAGCCUUUUGGGUAACUGGUAGAUGCCCAAAGCAUGAAACAUAUCUUUUAUUGGAAAUAUGCAAAUUCAGUACUUUUCUAUUGCAGUCUAUAGAAUUGAAGAUUUCAUUUCUCUAUCAAAGAGAGACCAAACACACUAUUUUAGGUUGAAUCCAAAUAAAAGAAAUUUACUGGAAAAUUUCAGUUUCUAGGCUUUUUUUUUUGUGGUUGAAAGGGAAAAAGAAACUUUUAAACUGUGAACUUCCGCUAAACUGUGGAGAAAUUUUUAAUUCAUUUAUAAUUUUGAAUUAAUUCUAAUAACUAUAUUGUUGGUGAAAGUCAUGCAUAUACUAUGUUAUGUAAUUCAGCAUGAAAAAUUUAAGUAUGUGCUUGUUCAUCUCUGUCCGUCACACAACGUGCUUUCCAC